UUCCGCCUCUGCUAUAUGCUGUUUUGCUUUCCUGAACUGCCUCAUUUGGGACACUUCCUUUGGGCAGGCUGCUGGCAUUAAUCGUUACAUCCACAUCCUAACAAAUGUGUGACAUCAGAGUGACUUCUAUUUUUUAUAAAUAUCUAUUGCCAGUUUUGUUAAUAUUUCAUCACAGACCUGGAGUCAGAACUGAAAGGGACUGAAUAUUGGUCCUUCCUUUUAAGUAUGUCAUAAUUACUCCUCUGCAUGCAAAAAGCUUCAUACUUACAUUUUUCACUAGUAUCUACCGUUGUCAGUCUUAGAUUUUGUCUCUUUUAAGCCUGCAUCCUGUAAAACACUGUAAUUGCACACAGCUGUGUUUGCAAGCCAUCCUCUGCAAAUGGAAAGCAUGCAUUGAAAAAAGCACCCAAGCAGAGGACUUCCAAAAUACACACUGCAAAAGCUUCUAGUUUACCAAAAAGUCCCUCUUUGGUCUGCCCUCCCCUGCCCUCCUCUGCUGUUGCUACCUUGCAGUUUGUGACAUCCCGAUAGUGGGAGGUCUGACAAACCGAACAAGGCAGCAAGCAAGAAAUUCCAUUCCUGUUGAAAUCAGUAAUUGCUCUGUGCAGGCUGCUUUUUUUUUUUUUCUGUGUGUGCGUGUGUGCUCUUUCUUUUGUGUCACUCUGAGAAGGGCUCUGAUAUUGUUAUUAUUUUAAAUAUAGCUUGCCCUGGGGCGGGGAAAGGCACAAGGAAAGAGUCGGCAAGCAGCCUAUCUCUCAGAAGAAAAGAACAAGCCUCGCAGCACAGGAACUGGCUUCACUCAAGUGUGCAGUUUAGAAGUCAAAAAACUACUCCAAAUACCACCAUUUUGGAGGAGACUGAAGAAAAGGGACGCAAAACUGGCUAAACACAGUGAAGAAUAUAGUGAAUCUGUACAAAGUGAACCUAAUUGCAUUUUGAGAGUGGGCUCUGAUGUACAACUUUGGUUUUGCUUUUCAGCUGGAUUUUCAAUAUAUGCCUACACUGGACUUCCUAUGGAACUGAAAACAAAACAUUUCAGCAUUCAGAGUAAUUCUGGUAUGUUUUUCUACAUCACGCUAGUGGCAAAAAUACGGCCGAUAAAAGAUUGUGCUCCUUCAACUUCUGGCAUGGACAACUGAGGAAUAUAAAGCCCGAUGGUGACAAAGGGCGAUAAUUUCCUGUUUUUCACUAUUUAUCCUACCGGUUUCAGACUUCGCAAUGGAUAUUCUUUGUGAUCAGGAGAGCUCUGCGAACCCAACUGCAAAAUCUUUAAUACAAAUAAAUCAUGAGAGAAGACUUUACAGAAAUGUUUAUGGAGCUGGAGAGAUUAAUGCAUCACAUCUCUUUAACUUGACUGUGGACUCUGAAAACCUAACCAAUGUUUCGAGUGAAAGUAGCACGACUCCACCGUGCUACUCUUCUCUGUUUCAGCUUUCACAGAAAAACUGGCCAGCUCUGCUGACAGUCAUAGUGAUUGUUUUAACAAUUGCUGGAAAUAUUCUUGUCAUCAUGGCUGUGUCACUGGAGAAAAAACUACAGAAUGCCACUAACUAUUUUCUAAUGUCACUUGCAAUAGCUGAUAUGCUGCUGGGUUUCCUUGUAAUGCCUGUGUCAAUGUUAACCAUACUGUACGGAUAUGCAUGGCCUCUACCUAGAAAGCUCUGUGCCAUUUGGAUCUACUUGGAUGUGCUUUUCUCCACCGCCUCCAUCAUGCACCUCUGUGCCAUCUCACUGGAUCGCUAUAUUGCCAUUCGAAACCCCAUUCAUCACAGCCGGUUUAACUCAAGAACUAAGGCUUUUGCAAAAAUAAUUGCUGUUUGGACCAUAUCAGUUGGUAUCUCCAUGCCUGUGCCUGUCUUUGGACUACAAGAUGACUCCAAAGUGUUUAAGAAAGACAGCUGUUUACUUGCAGAUGACAAUUUUGUCCUAGUAGGUUCUUUUGUGGCAUUCUUCAUCCCUCUAACCAUCAUGGUGGUUACCUACUUUUUAACUAUCAAGUCGCUGCAGAAGGAAGCUAUGCUAUGCGUGAAUGACAUUGGCCCAAAGACCAAGUUUGCUUCAUUUAGCUUCCUCCCUCAGAGUUCCCUGUCCUCAGAAAAACUCUUUCAGCGCUCUUUGAACAGAGACGUGGGGACUUCCGGGAGGAGAACCAUGCAAUCCAUCAGCAACGAGCAGAAGGCUUCCAAGGUUCUUGGCAUUGUCUUCUUUCUGUUUGUUGUGAUGUGGUGCCCGUUUUUCAUCACCAAUGUGAUGGCCGUAAUUUGCAAGGAGUCAUGCAAUCAAGAAGUCAUUGGAGAACUACUUAACGUAUUUGUUUGGAUUGGCUACCUUUCUUCGGCUGUCAACCCACUCGUAUAUACAUUGUUCAACAAAACCUACCGCUCGGCUUUCUCUCGUUAUAUUCAGUGUCGCUACAAGGAGGAGAAGAAACCUUUCCAGCUGAUUUUAGUGAACACUAUCCCAGCACUUGCGUAUAAUUCCAGCCAGCUCCAGCUAGCACAAAUGAAGAGUUUGAAAAAAGAGGCAAAAAUAAUGGCUAAGGAUUAUUCGAUGGUCACGAUCGGAAUACAUCAUUUGGAUGGUACCUCCAAGGGAAGUAUCAGCCCUGUGAAUGAAAAUGUUAGCGGUGUGUGACGGUUGGCAGCUGCCAUGACAACCACUGUGUGUGCGCUGAACAUUUCACCUGGCUGAGAGAAGCUCUGAUAGCUUAAGGAAUAUCAGCCCUGUUCAAGAGACCCUCCAAUAACAUCACACAUGCCUCAUGUUAUCCUGCGGAUGAAAAACAGGGUUGAAAUGGUAUCAAAUGUGCAAUUUUUUUUCAUACAGUACUUUGGCUGUUUUAAGCACAGGCUUUAUUAAACUUAUUUUUUUAAUAUUCUAAAGAAUAUAUUUCUUAAAGAAAAAAAUGCAAUUUCUGGUAUUAUAACAUAGGCUAUGAAGAAAUCCAUGCAUUUCUUUUCUCUUUGCAAAUGAAAGCUAAGCUGCCCUUUGAUGUCCACACAGAGUAGGCUCCAGCUAGUUUGUCUUGCUACAACAGAAUUUUGUUAUCAUUAACUGAAUGAGCACUUUAUGGAAUUUUAAAUAAAAUUAUGGUUAGUUUGCUAAUACAUAUUUAAAAUAAAUUUUAAAGUAUUAAAGAAAACUCUAUUAAAAUCUGUAUAGAUUAAUUCUAUGGACAUUUUGGUAACAGUGUUUUUAUGGCUAUUUUUUCUUCUGAAUGACCAUUCUGAAAUGUAACUGGGCUUUCCUGCCAUUUGUUCUAUAGUUCGAAUUAGCAAUCGUCGAAGUCAAAUUAUACUUGAAUGAUCCUUUGUUUCUACCACCAUUCUUAACCUUUAUUUUUUGUCUUGUAUUUUAUUUCCA